UCAAAAGUUUUUUCUACUUAUAUCAAUCACUACAUUUAAUUCAAAUUUACGAUUAUUCACUCGUGUUAUAAGUGGCUCAUUGAUUGUAAUAAAUUGGUGCUAUUCGAAUGGAUUUGUUAAAAGUGUGUGUAUUUUUCAUGUUCCGUUGCUUGCUGUUAUAAAUACGGUGCUACAAAGAAGACUGAUAGAACAUUAACAAGUGUAAUAUAAGAAUGAGGUGAAGAUGUCUAAGGUGCUGUCAGCGUUAGGUGGCGCUUUGCCAGACGAGCGGCCGCUGCUAUCUCUGCAGAUUGUGGAGAGUGUUGCCAAGUGCCCCACUGGAUACUGGCCAGUCAGCAGAACGUACGAUGAAGACGCUGAUGCAGGUCUUCUGCGUCAAAAUGGACUGUUUGGAAAGAAACCAAGUCACUACAUCUGCCUAUCCAAAUCAGAGGGUGUGCCGGGGUACGUGAUGGACGGCGUGCUAGUGGUGGGCGAACGCGAGGCGGCGCCGGCGGGAUACAGUGUGGCGGGGCGCGCUGGUAAACGGCGGCUAUGCACGCGAGUCUCGCGUCACGCCGCCACCCACCACGCUCACCACGCGCCGCCCGUCACCGACGUCAUCGUAUGCUCCAAGAUGCGACAGGCGCCGCGCGGCUUUCUGCUCGCCGGUGAGAUGAACGGCAAGAUGGUGUGCUAUAAGGUGUGCGGUGGUAGCGCGGAUACAUCUCCCACUGGUGCGCCAAACGACUACGAGAACGUCGUCACUAACCUCACACCUGACGCCAACAGAAGUUCAGUGACCGUUAAACUGUAUCAGGAGCUGAGAUUAAGAUGGGACGGCUGCACUGGGUUGCGCCCAGCUCCUGAGCGCCCUCCAAAAUUGUCCCCACUAAUCAACGAACUCAACAACUUGAAUCUAAAAUCUCCCAACGCGAAUGUCGACGAAUUAAAAACUGACCACGAUUACGAAGCCCUGAGUCCAUCUUACAACGUGAAGCCAUCGAGGCCAGCACCUAUCCAGCCCCCCAUUCCGCCGCCGAUCCAGCCCCCGAGGGCCAUGUCGCCGCAGCAAGCCUCGAGGGCGAAGUCCCCGGUGGGCAGCCCCGGCCCCACCUCGCCCGCGGCUGUGGGUAGGCGGAAAGGUCCCGCGCCUUUGCCCAGGACUUCUAACUACCAAACCUUAGGGGGAUAUAAUGGAAUGGAAGGUGUUCCGUUUGUACUAAAUCCUAAACUGAGAGGGUUACCUAGUGAUACAUUGACGCAGUUGCCAGUUAUAAAAAAGCGAACUCGUUUCGAGCUCGACCGUGACUACAGCUACAGUUUCGCUGUGGAGAGACAGACGUGAGCAUAACAUCUUUUGACGAAAGUUUUAUAACUGAUUUUGUCAAAUAUAUUAAUAGAAUAUCCGGAAUAAUGGUUGGUUUUAAAACCCAAUAUCUUCUUCAUAGUUUAUAUUAGAACUUAAGUAGGA